AUGAAUUCACGGCCAUUAAAGCGGCGGAAGGGCAGCCCGCCUCCUUCGGGAGAAGGGCGGACGUCUCGGAAGAAGGGCCCGACCGACGAAGUCGAGCCGGCCUUUUUCAACAAGAACGCUGCAAACUGGGAUCUAGAGCGAGAUUACGCCAAGAAGGCAAAGAAGCAGAAGACAAACGACCGGCUUCCGAUCCGAACGGCAGACGGUGUUCUGCGGGAGGCUGUCAAGGUGGCCCCUGAGAGCGGAGCCGGCGGGGAGGACGCAUUUGGCAGCGAUGACUCCGACUCGGACAACGGCCACAGCCAUGGCAGAAAAGACAAGAACGGCCGCAGACACGGCAGGGAUGCAGAGCGGACAGAGGAAGGGGCGAAGCCGCGGCUGUCGGAGGCACAGCAGGUGCGGGUGGCCAAGGAAGAGCUGGCCAAGAUUGCGCUGAAGCUGAACGAGAACCCGGAGGACAACCCGGGCGCAUUCAAGGCGCUGGCACAGGUGGCACGCCAGGCGACCUGGUCAGUUGCGGUGCAGAAGCUGUGCAUAGCGACACAGAUGGCAGUGUACAAGGACGUGAUUCCGGGGUACCGGAUCCGGACUCUGGGCGAAGAGCCGGCGGCAGCGGGCGGCGGCGAGAAGCUGUCGUCGGAUGUGCGGCGGAUCCGGGCAUUUGAGCAGUCGCUGCUGGCCGGCUACCAGGGCUACCUUCGGGAGCUCUCGCGGCUCGGCCGCGGACGGUCGGGCGGGGUGUACAACGAGAGCCUGGCCAACGUGGCGCUGACGUGCGCGUGCACGCUGCUGAACAGCGUGCCGCAUUUUAACUUCCGCGAGGACCUGCUGCGGAUCAUUGUCGGGCGGCUGAGCGGACGGCGAGUGGACGAGUCGUUUGUGCGGUGCCGGACCGCGCUCGAGACGCUCUUCCGCGAGGACGAGGAGGGCCGGCCGUCGAUGGAGACGGUGGCGCUGCUGGCCAAGAUGAUGCGAGCGCGCGACUACCGGGUGGACGAGAGCGUGCUGAACACGUUCCUGCACCUCCGGCUGCUGUCCGAGUUCUCGGGCAAGGCGUCGCAAGACCGUGUGGACCGGCCGGGCGACGAUGAGACGGCCGGAGCUCGCAAGUCGCGCGAGAAGAAAGAGUUCCGUACUAAGCGGCAGCGCAAGCAGCUCAAGGAGCAAAAGGCCCUGGACCGCGACCUGGCCCAGGCCGACGCCCUAGUAGCCCACGAGGAGCGCGACCGGAUGCAGUCCGAGACGCUCAAGCUCGUCUUCGCCACCUACUUCCGCAUUCUCAAGCUGCGCGUGCCGAAUCUGAUGGGUGCCGUGCUGGAGGGGUUGGCCAAGUAUGCCCACCUGAUCAACCAGGACUUCUUUGGCGACCUGUUGGAAGCGCUCAAGGAUCUUGUCCGCUACGGCGACGGCCAGAGCAACAGCAAGCCGGAUGCCGACGACAAAGGGGACGAGGAUGAGGACGACCGCGAGGCACUGCUCUGCACGGUGACGGCCUACGCGCUGCUGGCCGGCCAGGACGCACACAACGCGCGCAGCGACCUGCACCUGGACCUGUCCUUCUUUACGACGCACCUCUUCCGCAGCCUCUUUCCGCUGGCGCUAGAGGCCGACAUUGAGAAGCGGGCCGGCUCGCUGCAGCAGAAGCUGGCAGAUGCGACGGGCAGCGGCAGUAGCAGCGGCCACAAGGAGGGCAGCAAGGUUAACCUGCAGACGACGACGGUGCUGCUGGUGCGCUGUCUGACGGCGGUGCUGCUGCCGCCCUACAAUAUCCGGUCAGUGCCACCGCUGCGGCUGGCGGCCUUUUCGAAGCAGCUCAUGUCGGUGGCGCUGCACGUGCCGGAAAAGUCGACGCAGGCGGUCCUGGCCCUGCUGCUGGACGUGGCCGACACGCACGGCAAGAAGAUCAGCGCGCUGUGGAACACGGAGGAGCGCAAGGGCGACGGGACCUUCCAGCCGUUGAGCGAGACGGUCGAGACGAGCAAUCCGUUUGCCACGACCGUGUGGGAGGGCGAGCUGCUGCGGCGGCAUUACUGCCCAAAGGUGCGCGAGGGCGUCAAGGCGCUAGAGAAGAGCCUGACGAUGUAG